AUGAAGCAGAGCUGGGGACCAGGGCUGCUCAUCCUGGAAGUGGUGGUCCUCACAGAGGGUCUUCAAGCAAGUCAGUGGGCCUGUGGGCAGCGUGGCCCUGGCCCCCCUGAGCCUCAGGAGGGCAGCACAGUACCUGGCGAGUGGCCAUGGCAGGCCAGUGUGAGGUGGCAAGGGCUCCACAUCUGCAGCGGCUCCCUGGUGGCAGAUGCCUGGGUCCUCACCGCUGCCCACUGCUUUGAAAAGGCAGCAGCGACAGAACUGGACUCCUGGUCAGUUGUCCUGGGUUCUCUGCAGCAGGAAGGGCUGAGUCCAGGUGCUGAGGAAGUGGGCGUGGCUACGCUGCAGUUGCCCAGGGCCUACAACCACUACAGCCAGGGCUUCGACCUGGCCCUGCUACGGCUCGCCCGCCCCACAGCCCGCACACCCCUCUGCCUACCUCAACCUACCCAUCGCUUCCCCUUUGGGACCUCUUGCUGGGCCACUGGCUGGGAUCAAGGCACCGAUGAUACUCCCAGGACCCUACGGAAUUUGCGCCUGCGUCUCAUCAGCCGCCCCACGUGUAACUGUCUCUACAACCGGCUGCACCAGCGGCCGCUGGCCAACCCAGCCCGGCCCGGCAUGCUGUGUGCGGAUGCCCGGCCCGGGGAGCAGGGGCCCUGUCAGGGGGACUCCGGGGGCCCUGUGCUGUGCCACGAGCCCAGUGGACACUGGGUCCAGGCUGGAAUCAUCAGUUUCGCAUCAAGUUGUGCCCAGGAGGACACUCCGGUGCUGCUGACUGACAUGGCUGCCCACAGCUCCUGGUUGCAGGCUCGAGCCUGGGGGGCAGCCUUCCUGGCCCAGAGCAGACAGACCCCAGAGAUCAGUGAUGAGGACAGCUGCAUAGCCUGUGGGUCUCUGAAGAGAGAAGGCCCACAGGAGGGAGCCCCCUCCCCAUGGCCCUGGGAUGCCAGACUGCAGUACCAGGGGAAGCUGGCCUGUGGCGGAGCUCUGGUGUCAGAGGAGGUGGUGCUGACUGCUGCCCACUGCUUCAUCGGGCGCCAGAGCCCAGAGGAAUGGAGUGUAGGGCUGGGGGCUGGACCAGAAGAGCGUGGCCUGAAGCAGAUCAUCCUGCAUGGGGCCUAUACCCACCCAGAGGGGGGCCACGAUGUGGCCCUCUUGCUACUGGCCCAACCUGUGACACUAGGCCCCAGCCUUCGGCCUCUCUGCCUGCCCUACGCAGACCACUACCUGCCUGACGGGAAACGUGGCUGGGCCCUGGGGCUAGCCCGCCAAGGAACGGGCAUCAGCCUCCAGACAGUGCCUGUGACCCUCCUGGGGCCCAGGGCUUGUAGCCGGCUGCAUGCAGCCCCUGGGAGCGAUGGCAUCCCCAUUCUGCCAGGGAUGGUGUGCAGCAGUGCUGUGGGUGAGCUGCCCCACUGUGAGGGCCUGUCUGGGGCACCGCUGGUACAUGAAGUGAGGGGCACAUGGUUCCUGGCUGGACUGCACAGCUUUGGAGAUGCUUGCCAAGGUCCUGCAAGGCCUGCAGUCUUCACGGCACUCCCAGCCUAUGAGGACUGGGUCAGCAGUUUGAACUGGCACGUCUACUUCACUAAGGAGCCAGAGCCGGAGCCUGAGGCCGAGACUGGCAGCUGCCCGGCCAAUGCCAACCCACUGGCUGUUGACUGGUGA